AUAACCUCCAUUAUUUCGAAUAAAUACAGUGUUUAUUUGACGGAUAGCAAUGUCUACUUGCUGGCUCCUAACUUGUCACAUUUAAUGACAAUUUCUAUAAAUUGGAAGGAAACGAAUCUUAGUGGAACGUACAACAAUGUCAUCAACUCAUCUAUCAGGAGGAAGAUUGAAUAUAGGCUUGAUUCAAGAACAAGCAAGGAAACAAUUAUUAAAUCUGAUUGAAAAAUGCGAUGGUCCAAAGGCCAUUGUUUGGGAUCCAUCACUUGCUGGACCAGUUGGUCUUAUUGCAAGAUAUAAUUUAUUAGAAGAAUAUGGAGUGACAAAAAUGUAUGAAUUAGUUGGUGGACAACUGCCACUGACUAAUGUACCUAAUAUAAUCUUCAUAGUUCGUCCACAAUUACAUUUAAUUGAUUUAAUUGCUGAAAAUGUACAUGGUGAACAGAAUAGGCCAAGAAAAGAAUUUCACAUCUUUUUUGUACCAAGAAAGAGCCUUUUGUGUAGGAAAAAAUUAGAAAAUCGAGGAGUUCUUGGUAAUUUUACUCUCAUUGAAGAAUUUGCAUAUGAUUUAUUCCCUUUUGAUAAUGAUUUGGUAUCGAUGGAAUUGAGUCAGACAUUCAGAGAAUUUUAUUUAGAAAAUGAUCCUACGUGCUUAUACCAAGUAGCACAGGCCAUCAAAAAAAUUCAAGGACUGUAUGGGAGAAUCCCUCGAGUAACAGGACGUGGACCAGCAGCGAGUAAAGUGUGGGAAUUAUUAAAACGAUUAGAGCGAGAAGAAGAUGAAAAUGAAUAUAAAAAUAAUUUUAGAUUAAAUCAAGGCUCGAAUUUAUCACCAACGAUAGAUCAUUUACUUCUACUAGAUCGAAGUGUUGAUCUCCUAACGCCACUUGUUACACAACUUACAUAUGAAGGUUUAAUUGAUGAAAUAUUUGAUAUCAAUUGCACUACUGUUAAAUUACCAGCAAAAAAAUUCCAUGAUAACGAUGAUUCACCCACAGUCAUGUCAGUAGAUAAGAAAGAAAAAAUCAUAUUAAAUUCUGGAGAAGAAUUAUUUGCUGAAAUCAGAGACAAAAAUUUCAAUGGUGUUGGUCCAGUUUUAAGUCAAAAAGCUAAAAUAAUUUCAUCACAGCUGGAUGAGAAACAUGGAGAUAAAAGUGUUCAAGAAAUAAAACAAUUUGUUGCUCGAUUGCCGCACAUGCUUGCAACAAAACAAUCUCUAACUAGACAUACUACAAUCGCAGAGAUGGUAAAAGAAGUAACAGAUUCAAGUGAUUUCCUCGAAUCGCUUCAACUGGAACAAGAACUUUUAAACUGUAUAGAUACAGAUAAGCCAAAUGCAUUUAUUGAAGACUGUAUAGCGCAAAAAAAACCUUUGAUUAAAGUUCUCAGGCUUAUUUGCAUUCAAUCUUUAACGAAUUCUGGGUUAAAGCCAAAGCUCCUUGAAUAUUAUAAGAGAGAAAUUAUUCAAACAUAUGGUUAUCAAUAUCUCCCAGCGCUUUUAAAUCUUGAAAAGGCUGAUCUACUUCGUUCGCAACAAUCUGCACGACAGUAUGCAGUUUUAAGAAAAGCUCUCAGACUAACAGUAGAAGACGAAAGUGAAAUUGCACCAAAAGACAUAAGUUAUGUGCACUCUGUUUAUGCUCCGCUGAGUGUGAGAUUGGCGGAGCAACUGGUUCAGCCUGGAGGCUGGCAAGGUUUAAAUGAUAUUUUAGGAUUAUUACCAGGGCCACCAAUUAGUUGUGAUUUUAGAGGAGCAAUUCCUAUGAUGAGAAGAGGAUCUAUCACAAGUGAAGGUUCGAAUUCGGAACCUCCAAGAUUAAUUUUAGUAUUUUUCAUUGGUGGAUGUACCUAUGCUGAAAUUUCAGCUUUAAGAUUUUUAUCACAACAAGAAGAUCUUAACGUUGAAUUCGUUGUGGGAACGACAAAAUUAAUUAAUGGAAAUACUUUUCUGAGUUCUCUAAUCGAAGAUUCAGAGACAAAUAAAAAAUGAAGAUAAAUCUAAUAAUAAAUAUAAAUAUUAUUUCACUAAUAUAUAAAAAUUAAGAUACAAUAUUGUAAUUAUCAUGAACAAUUAAAUUCAAUGAAGAUAACACAAUCUUAACAACUAUUUAAUAGAUAGUUGGUUGCA